AUGGCGGAACAUCUGGAAAAGGCACGAGUCGGAUCAACUCCAAAUCCGCCUGAGAUUUCGAACCUGGAAAUACGAAAUACAUGGUCGGGUAAUUUCGAGGAUCCAGUGGCCGUAAGAAUCUCCCUGGAGCAACCGGGUCAUAUGAGCACACAGGUCCAGUGUCUUCCCAACACGCAGUUUCAGCUUCUGAACACAAAGCACUCGGCCAUUUCCCUUAUCAGCACUUCUGUAACCCGCGUCCAUUCGGACCAUUUCGGUCAGAGCGAUCAGUCAAAAUAUGAAUAUCGUCCCCCCAGUCCCCUCUUUGCUUUCUCUUCAUCAUUGAUUGAGGACGAAGACAAUGGAGAGGAAACUAAGCUUGACUCGGGGAGAUCGUCUGUUUUUAACGCGGGGCAUGAGGCCAGCGACGUCGGAUCCCCCAAGGACGUUGUUGGGUCACCCAGCAACGAUCAGGUUGCGAAGGCCAGAUCUCACUCUGGUGGAGCCAGCCCUCGGUCAGAAAGACCCCGAGUUACACGUCUGAGGACGACGAGCCUUCAGGAAACACGCCGCCGACAUGCAUCACGUAGCACUCCCCCAAUGAAACCGCCGCCCAUAUGUCUAAACAUUGCUCGAUCUGAGGACCGCAACAACACCCAGAAUCUAGGGAAGCGAAGCGCUGCAGAUGCGUGUCUCCCGAGUUCCGCAUCAGACACGGAAAGUGAAGAUCUGAACGAGAAAGCAGUGGAACGCGGUGGUGCCUCGCACAAUGCUGUCUCUACCGGCCUUGCUCACAGACACAAAAGCCUAGCGAAAAGUCCACUUGCUGAGAAGAUGCAGAGGUUGAGAAGCAGGCUCUCCACUAGCUAUCGCUCUAACCAUUCGAGUCGAAGUUCUAGAUCUACAUCAAAGAUUGACAAACCAGUCGAACCAGUGCUCUCAGAUGCAUCAUCCGAUGCUGGCCUGGGUGCUUCGAGCUACAUCGAGGUUGGAGAAAAUGACCUUUCAAACACCACGGCUACUCUUAUCGAUCUUGAAGAAGUAGCUGCCACUACCGUGUUGCCUACGGGUAAACAACCAGACUCUGGUAAUGGCUCGAUCUUGCUGGCAAAAGACAUUAAAGGAGCAGCUGUCAGUAACGUUGCGCCUACGGAUAAGCAACCGGACUCUGGUAUUGACUCGAUCUUCACGGCAAGAGACAUCGAAGUCCUAGAAAAGUCCCUUUGGGAGCACGAGUCUUGGAGGCAUCAGAAAACCCGUGUCGAUAGCAACCUUCCACCCAUGGAAACAGUUCCAGACCAUAUAUGUAGUCAAGAAGCCCCAGCUACUCCCCUCAAAUAUAAGCAACGGUCACUGUUCGGUGGCACAGACGGAGCGGCGGACACUGAAUCGAUGCAUGGAUCUUUGCACAGUGACGAAACCCUCCGAGAAUCUCGCCAUCCACUCACAGAUCCUGAGCACGAUAGGAUGACCACAGAAGCCCAAAGCCCCAUCACAAACUCGACCUCGGCCAAGCCUGGAUCCCCAGAGCCUACCAUCUCGGAGCAUCCAACCGAUGACUCUGAGAAAAACCCCGAUUCACCGCAGCCGGAGGUAUUUGCUGAACCGGAACUGAUUCUCAUCAAUGACAUCUUGUUUGUCAAAAGCCCUCCCAACAUAACACCAGUGCCAUACAAGAUGGUUCUCACCUUGACCAUCAAGCUUCAGAAAGGAGCACCAAGUGGCUGGAGCUAUCUGGUCAUCCCGGGGUUGCCUAGGCUGGGAAAGGAUGAAAUCGGGGUCUUGCUCUUUCAGAUUCCGGCAAAUCACGGGCUUGAGUUUCGAAUCACGAACCUGGGAAGGUACAAGAUGGUGGAGAAUUGCUUUCUGGCGGAGUUAGUCUAUCGUGGAGACAUUAUGAUACCUCUUCGACGGUGCGACCAGAAUUUCUACGGCAUUAUCAAAGGUUUCACUGUGGACCAAGAGAUCAAAGCGGAGAUCAUGCCUUGCUCUGGCGCCGCGGAAGGCACUCGCGACCGCCAGAAAGCUAUUUGCAUUCAGUACCAGGCAUUCUGCUCGGUGAAGCUUCACAAUCGUUGCUUCUGCGCUGAGAAAUGCUGUGUGUUACUAUCAAUAGAUGGUGGGCCCGAAGGCUUCUUUCGAACCGAACUUGACACUCGAAAGACAGGGCUACAGGUGGUUCAGAUCGCGCCGGAACAUGACACGCCUCUGGGUACCUCGAUCCUACAAAUCAUCUGCCACCCGAAGAACUAUGAGAUGUUCUGCAUAAGCUGGACGGUCAAACUCUCUCACAACAACAAGAAGAAAGCAAGCAGCUGGCUUCCUAGAGUCUACCCUGGACCAUCCGGUUCGAAUGAUCGUGCUAAGCAUUAUCUCAGAUACACUCACUUGGAACGAGGCGAUGAAUCUCCUUCUAAAAAUGCAGCAAAUCACCAUCCUGGAGAGUCUUCCAUGAAGGUAACGCCUGACGAUUCUGAGGCUGGCUUGCAGACACAGGAGCAGCCGCUGGAGCAUUCAUCGCAUUCCCAAGAGUCUGGCGCUGCAGAUGCUUCUCCAGUAGGGAGAAUAGACGAUGUAGUGAACAUUGGCGAAGCGACCUCCCUAAUGACGACAGGAGAAGUCACGGACGUCAGCGAAGAAGCUCAUGGAGCAGUUAGUGAUGUAGAUGGUGAGGAGGAGAUUAUAAAACGUGGCGAAGAUGCGAUAGCUGGUCAGAAUGAAAGGGUUUGCUGUGGGUGGCAUGUUUACUUCUGUUUGGCUUGACGACAUAUACAUCAACGCUCUCAGUCGUUCAAUUCGAGGCUCUUCGGAAUCGUCUGUCAUGCAUGAAGGGGG